UUUUUCGUAUCUGAUGUAUUUCCUAAUAAUUCGAUAUUCAGGUUAAAAUGUUAAUUCAUAAAAUUGUUUUUAUAUAAAGAUUUGUUGUGAAUGAUGGCUAGAAGGUAAAAGAUUUUCACAAUUACCAUUGGUUAAUUUGAAUUUUUAACGUUGGUAAAAACAUGCUGCUUGCAACUAUUAACUAAGUAAUUGGUGGAUAAGCAGUAGUAAUAUUAUGAAGAAGAAAUCUGUCCACAUCAGAUGGCAUUUCGAUUGCUGGUAAUGAAAGCUUCCUUGUGCACAAGACAAAGUAAGCUCCUGUUGGAAGAUAAAAACAAAACAGAAAAAAACUACUGGCUCUAAGGAGUUAAACAGUGUCCAACCACGAAGCAAUCCCUCACAGAAUUAUCCCCAAAACCAACUUUCUGUGGCUCUCCUUUAAUUUUUAAAGGACACCUAAAACCUUUCAAAAAAUCAAAUGAGCUCUUCACUAAGUUCAUCAUCAUAUCAACAAUAACCAAAUCUUUAACCUUACUUCAACAAUGAAUGACACAGUAGACAAGCUGGUCAUCUUUCUAGCCAAGAGAGAUGGUAUCGACAAGCUUGUCAAGACCUUCCAAUAUGUUUCCAAGCUUGUUCACUGGCAAGUGGAAACCACUCACCUAGACGUUGCAAAUAGGUUCAAGCAAUGGGAGGUUGCCUCGGGCCUCAGCAGAAAAGCCUUUAGAACUGGCAGGUUCCUCACUGGUUUCAAUGCCCUGAGAAGAAACCCUGGCUCCACUCCAACUUUCAAGCUCCUAGCUGUUCUUGCUAAUGCAGGCGAGAUGGUCUAUUUCUUUUUUGACCACUUUCUUUGGCUAUCAAGAAUUGGGACUUUGGAUGCCAAGUUGGCAAGGAGGAUGAGCUUCAUAUCUGCAUUUGGUGAGUCUUUUGGUUAUAUUUUCUUCAUUGUUUCAGAUUUCAUUAUCAUGAAAGAAGGACUGGAAGCAGAGAGGAAACUCAUUGCUUUAACCGAAGAAGAUUCAAAAGAUGCAAAAGAGAAGAUAAGAAAGAUCAGAGCUGAUAGGAUGAUGAGGAUGAUGGCAGUGGCAGCAAAUAUUGCUGAUUUGAUUAUUGCAGUGGCAGAUAUCGAGCCCAACCCAUUCUGCAACCAUGCUGUGACUCUCGGAAUCAGUGGGUUGGUCUCUGCAUGGGCCGGUUGGUACAGAAAUUGGCCUUCAUAAACAAAAUUUAAUGGGAAAAAAUGAUGAAAAAAGUCUUGUCAGAUGGAAACUCUCUUUCUAAUUAAUCCUGUUGUAAUUAGCUCGAAAAUAUUGAGGUUUUCAUGCUGGGAUAUCAAUUUUGGCAUAUGUUUGUCUUGUUCUAUACUUGGAGGAGGGAUGGUUUUACACUUUUACUACUAAAAAACUCAGUUUUUUGUUUGAAAAGGAUUAUGGUGCACCAUUGUUCCAUUGUGCCAUUGUUCAAAUAUUUAGUGAAAUAUUUGAACAAUGGCAGUCAAAUUAUUAAUUUCAGUGUUCCAUUUGAAUUCAAUCAAGCUUUGGAACCAACUAAAAUGAGCUUUUAGGAAUAGCA